AUGCUCGCCAAAAGCGUGCCGAGUUCUCUCGUGAUUUCAGGCGCUGCGACCGCUACACCAGCACCCGCACCUGCACCCGCACCUGCACCCGCGUCGGAAGACCCUACUGCCGGCGCUCCUUCCGCUCCUCAUAAUCCCGCAAAUGGCGGCGCUGCAGGAUCCGGAAAUGCCCAGCCCCGUGGGCCGGGAAAAAAACGUGGAAGAAAAGGAGGAGCAAUUGGCGCCGCAUUAAACGCAGCCAGCGGCAAAAAAGGGAACGCAAUCGUGAUCCCUGGUUUCAAUCUCAAGGGCCGAAAACGCGGCGGCCGCGGCGGCAAAGGCAAGUCAAAGGGGAAUAAACAGCGAGAUGGUAGUGGCGGUACCAACGGCGUGAAUCCCGGCGAGGAUGGUCGCGCGGACGGUGGGAUUGAGGGAGAGGAAUCUGGAGACAACAUAGCAGGAGAUGAUAACGGUGGUGAAAAUGGCGGUGACAACAAUAGUGAUGACUCUUCGAAUGGCUGUCCUGAUGGUGGUGAUGCUGGUGGCAACGAUAACGAUGGUGGUAACGUUAGUGGUGAUGGUGAUUUCAGUAACGAUGAUGGUGACUUCGGUGAUGGUAAUGAUGACUUUGGUGAUGGUAAUGAUGACUUUGGUGAUGCAUCGGCAGCGGAGUGGGCGAGUGAAUUGGUGUCGCUCGGCUGCCCUCUGGAGCACGGCGGAGCAGAGGGGCUCGGGCAGAACCUCUACUGGCUGUCGCCCGCUGCUCUCACCCCGGAGGAGGACCGUGGGGCGGUGCAGUCAUGGGUGGAGGAGAAGGCGGACUGGACCCCCAGCCCCAUUCCCGACGGAUGUGCGGACGGCAAGAUGUGUGGGCACUACACGCAGGUGGUGUGGCGCGACACCACUCAUGUCGGCUGCGCCUCUGCUCAGUGCCCCGAUGGCUCCGGCAUGUGGGUCUGCGACUACUCGCCCCCAGGCAACUUUGACGGCGAGACUCCGUUUUAG